ACAUUCACCUUUGGGUUUUGCUUAAAAAAUAGUCCUGUAACCGGUUAUAUCGUAUUUAGCGUCUCAAUGAGUAGCAAAGUGACAGGAAUACGCAAAAAUCGUUUCCCGACACUCCUACCGUCGGCACGAACCCGUUGAGACGCGCGUACUCGUUAGUCUGCCCCCUUUCAGAGAGGGUCUUUUGCCGCGGUGGUUUCGUCAUUCCUUCUGAGAAGAUACCUCUACACAUUUUGCAUUCGGUUUAAGGUGAGACUGCCAAUUUUUCUUGCAUCAGUGCAGGGUGGAUUGCUCUAUCCGACCCCUACAACGCUUUCCUGGAACAUUUGGGAGGGAUUUCAGUUUGUUUGAUUCCAUCAAGGGCUGACUGUCUACUCUUCCUGCUUGGAGGCGGCAGGGCGGAGACAGAGAGGUGCUUUAACGAGCAGAACUGUGACAUUUAGCGACACGGGACUAGUGUAAACUUUUGAUGUCUACCAUCACACCUGGGUUCGGAGAUAGCGUGCGCUAUAAGAAGUUUCAAGGGCUUUGCGAGUCAGGACUAACAAGCCAUGGUGAGCACAUGGUCCACCUUUGACGCGGCUAGCUUGAAAGAUAUACGAGUAGUUGAACAUCCGAGCCCACUGGUGAGAUAGAGAAACAGCAGUGACACGGUAGAAGAUGUGGGUCCGUCUAGCCAUAACAGCAGGCCUUCUCUGCUCAGUACUAGGAAAAAUUUUAGACCCAUGCAGUAUUACAGAAGUAACUCAGACGUCUUCUGUGCUUUACCCUGAUUGUAUAGACCACCAGGGGGCAACACAUGGUCUAGUAGAGCAAGAUGGGCUCAAUAUCACUUUUGAAACACCUUUCAAGUUUUUUGGAGAACCAAAAUCUUCAGUAUUGGCCUAUGAUAAUGGUGUUCUUUCUUUCGCACCCCUGGGAAAGCCCGAUUAUUUGCCCCUUGUCGAGAAUAUUUCCCUCAUCGCCCCGUAUUGGACAGAUGAAAGCAGCGCACUCUAUCGGAAGACAAGUUGCGGUGUGACGUCAAACGAAUUUCUGUUGGAGAGACUUGGGUUAGAUCUCACGAGUGCGUUAGGUGUGACGUCGUACUACCCGCACUGGGGCUUCCUAUGCACGUGGGAGAGAGUGCAGGAUGGAAAAGCGGGCAACGAAAGUAGUCCGGCAGUACAGAGUGCGUUCCAAGCGGCUUUGACCAGCGACGGGAAUUAUUCGUUUGUCAUUUUCAAUUAUGUUGGCGUGGGAGAUGAGACAGCGAACAGAAAACUUCCUCCCGUUCAGGCAGGGGUGGACGCGGGGGAUGGCAUGACGUUUUGCAGUUUAAAGGGCAGUGGGAAGAGAAGAAUACACCGAUCUCUUCAGUCGUCCAACGUCGGAGAAGUAGGAAGAUGGAUCUUCCGUGUAGACGCCAUUGAUCUAAGAGUGCCCGGAUGUAUCAGUUUAGACCCCAAAAAGUUCCUUAAUCCACCGAUGUCGGUUGUUUCUAGAAAUUUAAGGAGGAGAAAGAGUCGCAAGAAGAAAAAGGGGAAAUCCCGCCGACGCAAGCGCCAAAUCAGAGAAUUUACUCAAACUCAUAGCUACCAACGGAUCGUCAAACUGAGACAAGAGAUGACGGACUUGCAAGGACGCGUUGACACAAUGUCGAAGGGAGAACAAGCGACACAGUCCUUUAUGACUGAAAUUAACCGGCGUUUGCCAAGACUGAGGUCUCAGGUGAGCCGCCUCAAACAUGAACUGCGUAGUCUGACACACGCAAUAAGUCAACUGGACCGAGAAAUGGGAAGACUUAGCCAAACAACAGACGACUCCAUGUUGCGAAAACGCAUGCAAGACAUAUCUCAAGACAUUAUGACAACUGACAGGCAACUAAGCCAGUUUCUAGCACGGAUACGAGACUUUGAGCACAGAUUGUCAAAUUUUGAUGUAAGGAGAGAGCAAACAGGGCAAGGUAUAAUGUUUGGCAUAAACCAGGACAUUGUUGGUCUUGGCAACGAGCUGACGAAGUCAAUGCAGCACGUACAAUCACUGGAACGCUACCUCGUCAAUGCAAUAAGUCAGCAUUUUCAAACAACCAGUGACAACGCGUACAUGUGGAAAUACAGAAGUCUUGAAAGAGAUCGGUAUCGCAAAAUUAAGUCUAUCAGUCAGCAAAUGCUUGGAACCAGACACUCAGCAAGAUUAGUUGAUUAUCGCCUAAAACGAACCGAUCGUGAAUUAAAGCGACUGAAACGGAUCGAAGGGGUUAUGAAUGAUUAUUUGCAAAAGUACAACCGUCAGCAUUCUCUGCUACAAAACGACAUGGGUCGCGCCACUCACACGCCGGUAGAGGUCAUGCAUACCAUGACAAACUUCGACCGACAGCUGGAGGCCGAACAGCAGAAGCUUCAGGAGAUUUCAAACAAACUUCGCAGUCAGAGCCACUUGGCGUCUGGAUUAAGAAGGGAUAUUCCCCGCUUUGAGAACCAAAUGGGCUACAUUCGUGAUCACGUACAGAAAUUAUCAACUCAAGUUUUUGCACAGCAAGGGAAAUUGUCAAGCACGGGGCGCUUCAUCAACGCCGUGCGACAAACUUUAACUCAAUUGCACAGUAAACUGAGGAACGGUAACCGUCCCCAACAGCAAAGAGAACGCGACAUGGCGUUUCUUAGCGAGAAUCUCGCCAAAUCGAGAUCUCAGCUUCGUCUGGCGGAGCGGCAGCUGGAAAGCGUGUACCGCUACCUGCAACUUAUCGGACGACAGAUGACGCAAACGGCAGAGUAUCUUCAAACAUUGAGCCGAUAUUAUAUGCAAUAUAUGAGACGAAGGGAUUACUAUGGUCGCCCAACUAGCACUAACAAUGUUUCCGAAAGGCUUGGCCAACUUAGUCGAGUACUUUUUGACCUCAGUAGAGACUUAAAGAGGGCAACUAAAUAAUAUUGUUUUGUCAUAAAUGUUUAUUCGCAAAAGUAUGAUUUUAGUGUUGGACAUAACAAGGUUUUUAAUUUUUCUCCGAAAAUGCUGCAAAAUCACCGUUUCUUUAUUCCAUAUGAGAAUCGUUAAAUCACAUUAGCUACCUUUUCCCCUUAUCAUAAAUGUAUUGUUUUAAUUACCAGUAAACCAUUUAUUUUAUAAUAGUAAACAACAAACAAAUUACCUCCAGUUUCUCUCUACAUGACUAAUCUCCUCUUGCACAUAAACAGGGAAUCGCCUGUUGCUUUCUAACGUAUUGGUAGUGGGUUACUUAAAGGAGCCCACAAAACGCCCCGGUUAUUCGAACUCCUUGCGUAUAACCUAACCACACAAGUGCCAAACAUCACCACUGCCAUUUUGCAUUCGUCAUUUGUUAAAGUAAUUAAGUAGAGUGUAUACGUAUCUAACUUAUAUUAUAUAAUUAAGAGACCGAAUAUCUGUGACUUCUUAUACAGUGUACUUUAUAAUAAAAAAAGAAUGUCACCAUCCGUAUCAUUUUUGAGAUUAGAAUAAGGUUGCUUUGAAUAAUUACAGUGUACUGAAUAGGGGUUAACGCCGUAUACACAGAUCAAUGUUUGUAACGUUUACAUAAACCUAUGAGAUCUAAUGCAUCAGAACUGGGAUCAUAUCAACAGAGAAUUAAUACAUACGCUCUCUGAUUACACAACACAGAUCUACCGGUAGACAUUGCUCGGAAACUAUAUUGUGUGCAGUGUUUCACAAAUCUCUUGUUCAAAAUAUUUAAACUAGUUUAACCUUUGUAUCCUCCAGACUGCUUUUUAUGCCAAUGUAUUUGAUUUAGAUGUUUUAAUAAAUAUGACAAGCUUGUUUUAAACAUUUCCGAAGAAAGUGACAAAGGGAGCAGGAUCACGAGAUUAAAUAUUGACUUUGAAGCUAACUGGUUCUAGUAUUGACUUCAGUUUGCUGCUCUGUGAUACAUUGUAUACCAACAUAUUUUGUUUGCUUCUCAGUUAGAUGCUGACUCCAUUUCAUAAAAUAGAAUCAACUGCGUUUCUGCUUGUAAUUACGGAAUGCAUGUUAAAUGUCAUACAGUGUGUUAGCAAUGAAAUUUCAUAACUUAUCAUCAUUAAUAAAGAACGAAAUAUAUACAAAAACAAGAAUAACUGUAGUUUA